UUUUUAUCUCAUCUGUAACGGUGGCUGUAAGACACGUAAUGUCAGAGUCUGUGCGUUGAACUUUUAAUUUUAAAUAUUUAACUGUCAUUGUUGCCCAAUAAAUGAAAAAGUAUGAAUGUUGGAUUAUAUUAUUCUAAUACAGAAUUAGAUUUCUUUCUUUUGUAGGCAUUAUUAUCGCAUAGGAAAAAAGUCUGGACCGUUUUAAAUACUACAUUGGCCAAAGUUCAUAAAAUAUCAAUGCAAAUAUAAAGUACACAUAUUACACCAAAAACAAGAUGAAUAUUGAAAAUCCUAUUGGAGAUGGAACUAAGAACGAGAAUUCAGUUCCAUUUUCACCUAAUCACAGAUUUUUGGAGCCAGAGAAAGCUGUCAAAACAAUUACUGAUAUGACAAUAUGGGAGAAGUCUGAAGCGUAUAUGGAGUACACUGGCUUUAUUGCCACAUUAAAUGAAGCAAUUAAAGGGAAACCACUCUCUGUUGAUUGUAAGGUUUCACCAAAUUUAUUAAAAAUUAUGGACAUGUUGAGUAAGAUUGAUAAAUUGAUAGACAAUUGUCCCCCAGUUGAACAACCCCAAAGAUUUGGCAAUACUGCAUUUAGAGAAUGGCUCACACAAGUGAAGAGCAACACAACAAUAUAUCUUCAAGAAGCUCUAGAUCAAAACCUUCAUCUGACCAUACCAGAAAUUAAAGCAUAUCUUGAGGAGAGCUUUGGGAAUGCCACUCGCAUAGAUUAUGGAACUGGACAUGAAAUGUCAUUUAUAAUGUUUCUAUGCUGUCUUUACAAAAUAGGUUGUCUCGUUGCAGAAGAUAAUGUUGCAACUGUGUUUAUGUUAUUCAAUAAAUAUCUUAAUAUAGCAAGGAAACUGCAGAAAACAUAUAGAAUGGAGCCAGCGGGAAGCCAUGGUGUUUGGAGUCUAGAUGAUUACCAGUUUGUGCCUUUCAUUUGGGGUAGUUCACAACUUGUUGACCAGCCAAGAAUAUAUCCACCGGCUAAGUUCUUAGAAGAUGAAAUUGUAGAUAAAUUUUCGGAUGAAUACAUGUUCUUGUCAUGCAUUAAGUAUAUUAAAGAAGUGAAAACGGGUCCGUUUGCGGAGCAUUCUAACCAGUUGUGGAGCAUUAGUGCUGUAGGUUCAUGGUCGAAAAUAAACCAAGGCCUCAUUAAAAUGUAUAAGAAAGAAGUUCUGUCUAAAUUUCCCGUAAUUCAACAUGUAUUGUUUGGAUCACUUCUUCCAAUACGUAGAUUUCAAAUGCAUCACUAGAUGGCAUUCGAAGUUGUAAUCUAACAUUUCAAUUAUAUUUUAAAAUAGUCAUGUGUCUUAUAAACCAGUAUUAAGUUUGAAGAAAAUAUUUAAUUGAAUAAAAAUACUUUUAGAUGUGAUAUUAACAUAUUUAAUAAAUUAUUGUUGGACGUUAUUUAUAUUGAAUUGUUAUUUUCAAAAUUUGUGUAACAUAAAAAAGAAAUUAGAUGCUUCAUAUGCAGUAACUAGAGUAGUUAAUCAUUUAAAGUUUGUUUAAAUAGUGCUAUUUCUCUUUAUAUACUCUUUAGAAUUUUUUUAAGAGGUUUAAGCUCAGGAGUGAGUUAAAUAUUUGCACACAAUUUUCCUUGUGUUCCUCUGCUCUGCUAGUUGGAAAUAGUCUAUAAUUUUUAUUUUGUUUGACUCUUCCAUACAUAGAGUUGAAAAGUUACAAGCUUUCUUCUUCCCUGUUAUUGUAAUGCAGUAAUAUAAUUUUAUUUCAAAACUUGUUUUUUUUAUAUAUGUUAGAUUGCCCUCAAGAAAAGUAAUAAUUUUUAU